AUGAAGUCUAUGGAAUCUCUCAUACGAAACAGCGCCAAUCGGGUCGAAAAUCGACAAUGUUUGACCGGCGCAGCUGACGAACUACACGGAGCUACAUUGGUGGAUCCUACAACGGACAUACAAGAAAGUGGCACUGCCACCACGGACUGCCUUGAGGAAAGAACAAGACCAGGCAACAGGGAAACGUUCGAAAUAAAAAUAGACAUAAAUCCCUGCCGAAGUUGUGUGCCCGAGCUUUUGAUAGCAAUAGGAGUGACAUCGACAAUUUCAACUUUGAUGGUUCUUUCAACCAUAAUUUUAAAGUAUUACUUCUGA